GCGGCAGGCGAGAACAUGCACCGGAAAGAGGCGAGAGCACGACAGCGGGAUCUCAUUCUUCGUGGGAUUGCUGCUCUUUGCGCCGGCCCGCCGGCAGCCAGCCGCGCCCCGCCGCCAUUUUCCAGCGGCACCGCCUCAGGGUCCCGCUACCGGAACCCGCCGUUGCCUCACAGCGACCGGCCAGGGCUACGCUAGCCGAAACACGGCGGGGGGAGGCGGCGGGCAGCGCUCUCCCACCUCCGCAGGGAGAAGCGGGACCCGCCGCUUGUUCACCGGGCGAGGGGCCCAGCGGCCGGGACACCCCCGACCAGCUGGACUCCCGCUGCAGCGGUCACCGCCCCAGCCACCUCGGACCUGGCGGCGGACCCGAAUGGGGUGGCCACUAGGGGGCGGUAGCAGCUCGGUAUUGAUUGGCGGGGCGACGUCGCGGGGCGAGGUUUUCCCUUCCGUUCCGGGGCAGCGAUGGGGGCACAGCUCAGCACGUUGGGUCGAGUAGUGACAUACCCAAUAUGGCUAAUCUACAUCACCAUCAGAAGGCUUUUCAAGAAUCCCCAUCCUGCGAUUACUCUGAAGGAUCCUGAAGUGAAGUAUGCAUUGAGGCUGAUUGAUAAGGAGGAAGUUAGUCAUGAUACAAGAAGAUUUCGAUUUGCUCUCCCUUCUAUAGAUCAUGUUCUGGGUCUCCCUGUAGGACAGCAUAUCUACCUGUCUGCACGAAUUGAUGGAGCUCUGGUUGUUCGACCUUACACUCCAGUUUCCAGUGAUGAUGACAAGGGCUUUGUGGAUCUUGUUGUUAAGAUCUACUUUAGAAGCGUCCAUCCAAAGUUUCCUGAUGGAGGGAAGAUGUCUCAAUACUUAGACAGCCUGAAAAUAGGGGAUACUAUUGACUUCAGAGGACCAAGUGGCUUGCUUAUCUACAAAGGAAAAGGUGAGUUUGCUAUUCGGCCUGAAAAGAAAGCUGAACCAGUUACUAAAAAAGUGAAAUAUGUGGGGAUGAUCGCAGGUGGGACUGGGAUAACACCUAUGCUGCAGAUCAUUCGAGCAAUCAUAAAAGACAAAGAUGACCCUACAAUUUGUCAGCUGCUGUUUGCUAAUCAGACUGAGAAGGAUAUCCUUUUACGUUCUGAUCUAGAGGAGAUCCAGGUUCGGAAUCCCAGUCGCUUUAAGUGUUGGUACACACUGGACAGAGCACCUGAAAAUUGGGAUUACAGCACAGGAUUCGUGAACCAAGAGAUGAUCAGAGACCACUUGCCCCCGCCUCAAAACGAUGUUCUGAUCCUCAUGUGUGGACCUCCUCCAAUGAUCCAGUAUGCUUGCAUUCCCAACCUGGACAAACUGGGCUACACCAAGGACAUGAGGUUCUCUUUCUAAAGAAGACCGAUAAUUCAGUGAUUUUGUGUAGAAGGGAAGAAAAAACAUUUAAUGGGGAACAGGACAGAGUUGCAGAGAUGGCUGAUGCACAGUGCUGGGAAGCUACGUAUACAUUAAAAAUGCUUCAUUUUUUCUGAAUCUCUGGUUAAAUUUAAUGGGACUAAAACGGCGCUGUAUGUUGCACAGAAACAACUGUAUUGUGGAAAGGUAGUGAUGUCUAGUGCUCGGCUAUAUUGUACUUGUAUACCCCAUCUUGAGGGAGGACAGUAUAGCUGCUUAGGGUAGUAAACACUCGUUUACACUUUUUCUUAGCACUAUAAUCAAAUGGCAGUAAUAUCCUGCUUCCUAACACUGUGCAUACCCAGGAUUUUAUUUGGUAUGAAGAAUGAAAAUAUAUAGAAUGUGCUGGAUUAUUCACCUUGCUUAUGCCAAAUUUUAAUGCUUAAAGCUUUUAAGUAUGAGGGCCAUGAGUGUUUGCCUUGUAUGCAUAAUCUUUGCAAGAUCAGAAGCUUAAAGAUCCUUCUUCAGUUGGAGGAUGACAGUUAACCCUUUAUGACUGAAGUUGUUCAAGCCGCCUCGUUGAUCAAAACAGAGAGGUAGACAGCAAUACAAAAUUUGUUUCCUUUGUAUUUUGGAAUUGCCUCUCUUAAAUGCAAACACUUUCCCAGCUGGUCACAGUUCUCAUCCCUGGGCAAUGAAAGAAACUACAGAAAGCAGGUGGCUUUGUACACUGUUCCAAAAAUAGCUGGGUUUUUUUGCUUGUAUGUCUGUGGAAUACUGAAAAAAAAGUACUAACUCUUCUAUUUACUUUUAAAAAGCAGAUGGUGCCACUGGAGUACAAAAGCAGUUGUUCUGCAUGUCCUGUGCAGUGGGAAAAAAUGCCAGGUGAAAACUGGAUCUAGUUUUAGUUUCCUGUUUCCCAGAGGUAGAUUUGGAAAAAAGGGAGCUCAGGUUUUAUUGCCAGGGUGGGUUUCAGCAGGUAGCCCAGCUUCAGAUACAGUAUGAAUACAGUCAGGGGAAUCAACUCCAUCUCUUGCUCAGGCAAAGCUCCAAAGGGUUUUGCUUAGUAAGGAUGCAUGGGAACAGCCUUAAGUCACAAAACUGACAGCAAACACAAAUGUCUCACUGAAUCUAAAACUGUUUCUUAGAUGCUGUUUACUAUAGCUCUGAUUUUUAUUUUUUUAAUAUACUUUUUCUGACAGCAGCCUUUUACCUAGUCUUUAGUAAACUUAAGGCAUCCUGCGUGCAGAACCUUCUGCUUCUAAACAACAGAGAUGCUGCUGAGAUUAGAGCUGUCCUGCAAGGAAUUUGUGAAACUAAAAAUCUUGUUCUGGUGAUGAAAUCAGAGUGACCGAAAGGAUGUUUUGUCAUAGAUGAAGUAAUGUGGAUGCUUAGCUACAAGUAUCAGUGUAUAAUACCACUUGUUUAAAGAUUGGGGUAGGUAUUUACGGUUAUAGGUUGCCAUAUUUUCUUUUGUGCCUGUACAAGAGAUGGGUACUGGGCCCUUAAAAGGUUAAUUUUCAGCAUGAAUUAAAAGGAGAAGAGAGUAUAGUUAAUUUAAGGAACGUUGAAUGGAUAAUACUGUUACUAAUUUUAUUAGACGCUUGCCUCUGAAUUUUUGAUGUGUGCUUCUGAAACUUGUUCUUUAAUACCGUACUCCAGAGUACACAGCUUCUAACCAAAUCCUGUCUGUUGCAACUGUUCACUCGCAGUGGAUGCUCCCACUCGGCAUCCUGUGCUAAGUCAACCAUAGAAACAAGAGUCCUUGCAGCAGCGGAAAGGAAGUGCCUGUACAGCAGGGAAGGGGAGGUUUUAUCCUCUCAGGGUGUUGGAGGGGGAAGAAAAAGUAGAGGUGCAUUGGUGAAGGGUCACCCAGGGAGGAAGGAGGGAGAGGGGUUACUGUGUGGCUGAGGAAUAGGACAGCUGUAGAUUAAGGCCUCCACCAGGCACUGUCCAUGUCGUGUACAGCUUGGGGUAAACGGGCCACGCUGCUGGGUCAUCUCUGCUUGAGUCAGAAACUCCUGGUGGACCCAGGUAGCGUGGAUAUCUGUAGCCUGUGAUAAGCUCAUCAUGCUUAAAUUAAAGUUUCUUAAAAAAGUC